AUGAACUUCAGUCUGGACUUCAUGGGGAUUCCCCAGAGGGGACAACAGGAGGACAGAGACUGUGACAUCACACCACUGAACCCUGGACUUCUGAGCACCCCUGAUACCUCAGUGUGUGUGUUUGGGGCAGAGGUUGCUGUGGUCUCAGCGUGUGUGUUUGGGGCAGAGGUUGCUGUGGUCUCAGCGUGUGUGUUUGGGGCAGAGGUUGCUGUGGUCUCAGCGUGUGUGUUUGGGGCAGAGGUUGCUGUGGUCUCAGCGUGUGUGUUUGGGGCAGAGGUUGCUGUGGUCUCAGCGUGUGUGUUUGGGGCAGAGGUUGCUGUGGUCUCAGCGUGUGUGUUUGGGGGCAGAGGUUGCUGUGGUCUCAGCGUGUGUGUUUGGGGCAGAGGUUGCUGUGGUCUCAGCGUGUGUGUUUGGGUGUCAGAGGUUGCUGUGGUCUCAGCGUGUGUGUUUGGGGCAGAGGUUGCUGUGGUCUCAGCGUGUGUGUUUGGGUGUCAGAGGUUGCUGUGGUCUCAGCGUGUGUGUUUGGGGCAGAGGUUGCUGUGGUCUCAGCGUGUGUGUUUGGGUGUCAGAGGUUGCUGUGGUCUCAGCGUGUGUGUUUGGGGCAGAGGUUGCUGUGGUCUCAGCGUGUGUGUGAAGGGCAGAGGUUACUGUGGUCACAGCGUGUGUGUUUGGGUGUCAGAGGUUGCUGUGGUCACAGCGUGUGUGUUUGGGUGUCAGAGGUUGCUGUGGUCUCAGCGUGUGUGUUUGGGUGUCAGAGGUUGCUGUGGUCUCAGCGUGUGUGUUUGGGUGUCAGAGGUUGCUGUGGUCUCAGCGUGUGUGUUUGGGUGUCAGAGGUUGCUGUGGUCUCAGCGUGUGUGUUUGGGGCAGAGGUUGCUGUGGUCUCAGCGUGUGUGUUUGGGGCAGAGGUUGCUGUGGUCUCAGCGUGUGUGUUUGGGUGUCAGAGGUUGCUGUGGUCUCAGCGUGUGUGUUUGGGUGUCAGAGGUUGCUGUGGUCUCAGCGUGUGUGUUUGGGUGUCAGAGGUUGCUGUGGUCUCAGCGUGUGUGUUUGGGUGUCAGAGGUUGCUGUGGUCUCAGCGUGUGUGUUUGGGUGUCAGAGGUUGCUGUGGUCUCAGCGUGUGUGUUUGGGGCAGAGGUUGCUGUGGUCUCAGCGUGUGUGUUUGGGUGUCAGAGGUUGCUGUGGUCUCAGCGUGUGUGUUUGGGGCAGAGGUUGCUGUGGUCUCAGCGUGUGUGUUUGGGGCAGAGGUUGCUGUGGUCUCAGCGUGUGUGUUUGGGUGUCAGAGGUUGCUGUGGUCUCAGCGUGUGUGUUUGGGGCAGAGGUUGCUGUGGUCUCAGCGUGUGUGUUUGGGUGUCAGAGGUUGCUGUGGUCUCAGCGUGUGUGUUUGGGGCAGAGGUUGCUGUGGUCUCAGCGUGUGUGUUUGGGGCAGAGGUUGCUGUGGUCUCAGCGUGUGUGUUUGGGUGUCAGAGGUUGCUGUGGUCUCAGCGUGUGUGUUUGGGGCAGAGGUUGCUGUGGUCUCAGCGUGUGUGUUUGGGUGUCAGAGGUUGCUGUGGUCUCAGCGUGUGUGUGAAGGGCAGAGGUUGCUGUGGUCUCAGCGUGUGUGUGAAGGGCAGAGGUUGCUGUGGUCUCAGCGUGUGUGUUUGGGUGUCAGAGGUUGCUGUGGUCUCAGCGUGUGUGUUUGGGGCAGAGGUUGCUGUGGUCUCAGCGUGUGUGUUUGGGGCAGAGGUUGCUGUGGUCUCAGCGUGUGUGUUUGGGUGUCAGAGGAACAGCAUGUUACUGCAGUUUUUCUCCCUCACAUAGGCUGACUGGGAUGGUUUGCAAUUACUAUGUGUUGUGCAUGUUUGUGUGUGGUUGUGUGGUUGUGUGUGGUUGUGUGUGGUUGU